UGUAUGGAAGUGAUGAUGAGGAUGAAGCAUUUGAGGUUGCACGCAAUCAACUUGAUGUGCUUGAACAAUAUGGAGCAAUAUUUUGCACAUUUGGUAUGUACUAUGCCGACACUUAUUUGAACAAGUCACGGAGAAGAGAAUCUAUUCUAUCGGGUCAUGACUGGGUUAUGCAUACCCUUAAUAUUCCAAAAGAUUGCUAUGACAUGUUUAGGAUGAGUAGACCACUUUUUGAUACCCUUCAUAAUUUAUUGGUGUCAUCUUAUGGUUUGAAGUCAAGUAGUAACAUGAGCUCCAUUGAAGCUUUAGGCAUGUUUUUAUGGACUAUUGGGGCUCCUCAGUCAUUUACUCAAGUGAAAAACCGAUUUGAGAGGUCAAAGGAAACAAUUAGUAGGAAAUUCAAUGAAGUGUUGGAUAGUAUAUAUCUUAUGUCAAUAGAUGUUGUGAAACCAAGGGACCCAGAGUUUACAAUGGUGCAUCCAAGACUUCAAGGUUCUCGUUUUGCACCAUAUUUCAACAAUUGCAUAGGCGCAAUAGAUGGUACUCACAUACCCGUUGUUGUGCCUGCGGCAAAAUUGGUUCAACAUGUGGGACGUCAUGGAUAUUCCACUCAAAAUGUGUUGGCUAUAUGUGACUUUGACAUGAGGUUUACUUUUGUUGUUGCGGGAUGGCCCGGAUCGGUCCAUGACAUGAGGGUGUUCAAUGAUGCUAUACAGAAAUAUGCCGACAAGUUCCCAUUUCCUUCACAUGGAAAAUUUUAUCUUGUUGACUCGGGCUAUCCUAAUCGAACGGGUUUUUUAGCCCACGUCCUAGUGGCAAGAAGGAGUGUUAUGAGUGAUGAAGAUUUUGACAUGUGUGAUCAAGAUGAAAAUUACAUGCCAAUACCCUCUCAAGGGAGUGGUGAAAAUAGUGAAUUAGGAGAAGAAGAGGGAGAUAUGAAUAUCUUCCGUGAUAACCUUGCUAAUGCUUUGUAUGCUAUGAGAGAGUAG